GUCGGACUUCCUGGUUGGCGCGGCACCACAUGUGUUUUGGCGUCUGUUGUCGUGUUUAGAUGUUUUAGCGCAGUGUCGGUAUCUUUAUACAAAUCAUACGCAUUUGUUGUGCUUGGUUAUCCUUUUGCAGCUUUACUGUUUCCUGAGAAAUGAGGAUGUUUGCAGAGGAUUUUGCGGAAGCACCAUCUGGGGAAUCCAAGACGCUAACUUGCUGAGAGUACCUCUCUGGUGUAAUUCAUAGCCUGUAUGAAGCCUUCCUUACGGUCUGUGGUUUAAUUACUGUUGCGUUUUGGUAAAUCAUGACAGGAAUGAACAGUAAAGCACUUUUUGAAGACAUAUUAAAGCCAUGUCAGGUCAUCUUGCACCCUCUCCCUGAGGCAGACAGCGAUUCAGGGGACAGCCUGUUCAUAACUCAAAAUCGAGCACCUGAGGCAGUGAGGUCGGUCAAGAGAUCGCUGAGAUUAAAUCUGAGAUCAGACCCCGCAUCUCCCAGAGAAGAAGAAGAAGAAGGAGGAGACGAGGAAAGUGAAGAUGAAAGUGCACCCGCAGUUUCCCAAAGCAAAACUGUCUCUCCCUCUCCUGUGCGAUCUUCCAAGAGUGGGAAACGGAGGAGAGGGGGAAGAGGCAAACUAAAAAAUUACUGUUUCCCUUUCCUCACAGAGAGGAAGCGUGGAGGCACCGGGUUAACUGUCAAGCAGAAUGCAGGCCUUCGUAAAUUUGCAGUUGGAUGCUUCUUUAAGUGUGUCGAAAGGUUGUGGGAGGAUGGAAAAAGGGGAGGUACUCUGGAGUCUUUACCGGUGAUUGACCUGGGCAAGGAAGAGACAAUAUCUCCGCUGUCAGAUGAGGACGAAACAUCAAAUGAGGAGGACAUCAAAGUGGUGGAAAAGAGGCAGUUUGCAUUUAAAGCGAAAUCCUCACAUACUUGGUACACCCCGUCCUCCCCAGAGAGAAAGGACAACACGGAGGUGAAAAGGCCAAGGAGGGAGAGAGCUAAUAUUGCCCAAAAAGUGACUUCCAAAGGACCUUCAGCGAAGAUACCAGAGAAGUCACAUUCAGUCAAACCCAGUGCAAGAGUGGAGGACCUGUCUAAUGUCAGCAUUGCUUCAUCCUCAAGCAGCCAUGAGCCAAACAGCACACAGAGUAGUCCAGUGAAAUACACGCAACAGGACGGAGACAUUUCCCUCGCUGCAACAGAGCCUCAAGCUGGUGUUUGCCAUGUGGAUGAUCUCCAAGUGGUACAGCCAGAGGACGAAUAUAGAACGAGGCAAACCUGUGAUCCUUUGUUUGGUUUGCCAGGCUGCCUAAGUGACAGUAUUAAUGAGAGUGAAUGUGAAGAAGUCAGAAGAAAGAAGAAGAAGAAAAAGAGAAAACUAGAGAAAGAAGACAGCAGAGGUGUAAAUGAAGGAACAGAGCUGUCCUCUCUUCAGGAAGGGCCAGAAGGUCAGGAUGCUGACCCUUGUGUAAAUACAGAAAUCCCAGAGGUAGAAGAGACUCCCAGCAUGUCUGCGGAUAAGCGAGCAGAGCUUUCCGCGCCCCAGGCCAGUGAGGAGAUGAGACUCAGUGAAAAAAAUGGGAUGAAUGACUCAUUGUGUUACGAUGAUAAAAUAACGAGACAGGAAGGGCGGAGCAUGUCGUUACCUCAACGUGAAGACGAUAUCAAUCAGAGAGACAGUUCCCAGGUAAAAGAAAAGAAGAAAAAGAGAAGAAAGAAUAAGCCUGCAGAUGAUGAUGUUAUUGAGGAUGGAUUAGAAAAAGGUACAUCUGAAAAUGCAAGUACACAUUCACAACAGGUGGAUGACUCUAGCAGCCAGUUCUUAUCACAGACACCUGAAAUCCUAUUUGAUGAAGUAGCUGCAGUUUCCAAGGGACCAGUAGACGUCAAAAUCAGUGCUGAACAUUGUGCAUCUCCACCAGGAAAUGUUAGACAAGAGGAUGAGUUCGGCAACACAGAGCCAAAUGUGGGAAUGGAGGAGGUAGCAGUAUUUAUAGAGAGCUGUGAGAGUCCUGUGCUGAGUGACCAAGAAAAUGGUGAGGGUGUUGUUGAGUUACCUGCUGAUGCACCUGCCAGUCUUCCAAAUGAUGAUCAUGAGUUUCAGAGACAAAAGAAAAAGAAAAAAAGGAAGAAGGAGAGAGAUGUUACAGAAGAACGGGAGAAAGAGGAAGCACAGAAUUUGGAUUUAGAUAGACCGAUGAAGUCAGCAAGACAGAUGGAGGAGUCAGGUUGGUCUAACCUAACACUGUUUUCAGAUAAUACUGAGAUUUCCCACGGGACAGAAGAAUCUUUGAAUGUUAGAAACAGCCAGCAAAACACAGGGAGUCCUAUUCCCCAGCUUGAAGAUGUAACAGAGCCAAGAAAAAAGCACAGAAAGAAGAAGCGGUUGCCCUGUAAUGACACUGCUGAAGCGGGACAAGACGACACCAAUGACGCUUUGACCUUGACUGAAAGUGCAGUGCUGUCACCAAAAAAGAAAAAGAAGAAAAGUAAAAACACAUCAGAGGACACUGUGGCACAAAGUGAUGAUUCAGUGUCUGUGUGGGAAAAGGAAAAGGAAAAGAAAGAAACCGGUUCCUUCCUUGCUGAUGACACAGUGGAAAAGGAUGCUCACACACAUCAAGAGAGCGAUUCUUCUCAAUAUGUGGUCAUUGUUGAUGGGAGUAGACAAAAACACAAAAAGAAACUUGGUGUCAGCACUUCUGAUAUUGACACAGAAUCAGUGGAAAAUGUAAAUUUAGCGGAGUCUGAUAAUAUGUUCAGGGAAAGGAAAAGAAAAAAGAAGAGAAAGACCUCAAUUUCACAGGAUGCCGUGGUUAAAGAUCAUGAGAAUUUUGAGAAGCCAGACGAUAAGAGUCAGAGCACUGAGCCUGAAACCACCGACACUAUUGUGGAGAGAAAAAAGAAGCACAAGAAAAAUCAGAGGGAGUCAGAAACCCCUGUCAGUACCGGGUAUUCUUCAACUGAUGAGACUGUAGUUUUGACAAAGAAAAAGAAGAAAAAGAAAAGUAAACACACUAGCCCUGCUAUGGAAGAGAACACACCAACUACUGUGCAUGUUGCAGACGUUGCAAACUUGUGCGAGACUGAUUUGACAGUUGAAGCUGAGCACACCUCAGAGUCCAUGAAGAAGAAAAAGAAGAAAUGUGUUGAUGUUGUCUUGCCAGAGGGGAAAUUGUUGCCUGAAUCUACUGAAAUGAAGAGCCAUACUGGGAAGAAGAAAAAGGAAAUGGAGUCAAAGGUAACAUCCAGCAGUCCUGUGCCAUCACCACCUCACUCAGACCACACCAAUGUAAAGAAACACAUGAAAAACAGGAGGAGGCUUCACAAUCCUUCUCAGGGUUAUUUGGACUCAGACUUUAAGGACUGACUCACUGCGGACUGAGUGGCAAAGAGGACUGACGUUUGUUUGGACAGCUAGGAAGUUGUCAGGAUUCGCCAAAAUACAUAAAAUACAUACAUACAUAAAAUAGAACUGUGGCAACUACCAUCUUUGUCUUGUCGAUGUACUGUUAGCACCAUGUGAAGUUAUAGUGAAGUAUAGUGAAGUUAUAACUGUGCGCUUUUUACAAGUUAUGUUUGAUUAUAUUUUGUAUCAAAGCAUGGUGGUUUUGUAUCAAAGUGUGAUGGUUUUCAACCUUUUUGGUGUUGACAGACACCAAUAAGCUCCAGAAUAUGCAGAGAUUGCUGUUAUUUGUAGACAAAAGCGAUCAUGAGCUCAUUAAAAUUAAAACUGAUUUGAUGACCUGACAUGUUUCAAUCUUAACACCUGCCCUGCCACCUAAUGGCCAGCUGAAAGAAAAGUCAGGCUUGUUCUUUAUGGUGAACUGCCAUUAUUAUAUGGUA